AUGUCACCUGGUGGCGCACAACCGAGCCAGCCAAACUCAUCAUCUACUCCGCCACACCCCAAUGUACCAGCUCAAGCUGUGAGCUCAAUAAAAACUACCCCAAACAGUCGCGGGGCUGCUACUGUCAGUGAACACAUUGGCCUGGUUGGUACUCGGGUUAAUCAAGUCCGCCCAUGGGUUCAGCGUGACAUCGAGAAGGCUGAGAGAUGCCACAUAGAUAAGAUGCUAGAAGUCCUCUUGCAGCGCGCUUCUCUCGAUCCGAAGACUGAACAGCCUGACCUCCUGGGAAGGUGUCUCCAGGCCAUUCUAUCAGUUUGCAAUUGGACUGCAACACCCGCUGGUAAAGCCCCUGAUAAAGACUUUCAUUCUUCUUGCAUCAAGGACGCCCUUGACAAAUAUGUGUUGAAAGGAGUCGAAGAGGACUACUAUGAGCCUUUCAUCACAGCCACCAACAUUGCGCUGGCUUGUCUUGACAAUAUCAAGAUCGAAGGAAUGCGUGCUACUUCGGGCAAGCCAGAUAUUGUCUUGCAGAUGAAUGAUAUCGAAAUGACCCAAUCCCACCAGAACACAACAUUGCAACAGCGGCCCGAUGUCGUCAUACUUCCUUUGCAAAGCUCACUCGACGCCUUCCAAGAUGGUGAUAUAUUUGGAGAUGCAGAGCACAUCCUCAAGAAUACAAUCAAGGAACCGAAAGCAAAACUCCUUUGGAAAAAUGUGCUGGCAUUGAUCGAGUUCAAGAGAAAGAUGAAGAAGUAUCUUCGUGUCCCCUCUUCGUAUGACGUGAAGAGUUAUGUCCCUACAAAGCCAGAAUAUCUGGGAGUAGAAACUCCUGCCACCGACGCCCCCAAGACCCCAGCGUCAGGCCCUUUGCAGACCCAAGCAGAACAACCUAAAGCUGCCCCUCCAACUAUAUGCCGUUCGAACUGUCUUAUUGCACAGUCCCCGGCCACGACCAGUAACUCCAGUUCCAAGCGCAAGGCAGAGGAACCUUUGCAAUGCACUGGCAAGCGAACCAAGACCGGCGAGACAGAGCCCAAGUUAGAUGUGACUGUCCAAACAGGACUAUAUGCUGCCGAAAUGUUCGCAGCAAAUAUUGCAGUCAAACAUCUCCUUAAUCUUAUUAUCAUCGAAGUUGAGCAAGGAGGUUCACACACGUUGAAAUCGGACGACAAGGAAGGAAGUUCUCAAAUGUUGGAAGUCGACGGUGUGGAUCUUCUCUUCCACACCAGCGACAAAGCAAGAGUCACUCACUACAGACUGAAAGGACGGGCCACAAAUGUGGUCCCGGUUACCAGUGAAUACCUAGCUAAGAAAUACCCUGAGGUACAGAAAGAUGGAAUGGUGGCCAAAAUAUUCUGGGCAGAGGAGGGACGGACUAGCGAGCCAGAGAUCUUGAAAAAGGUUGAAGAGAUCGCCAAGACGAAGAAGGUCGUGGAAGGCCAUACACCUCACCUGCUUUGGCACCACGAGUUCAAAAAUCCUACCUCCGCAAUCCAAGAAGCACUUGGUGUUCCAGAAUACAAGAAGGGUAGCCGCAUGCUCUACGUUCUCGUUUUCCGCAGACUCCAACCCAUCACAAACCUCGAAGGCGAACGUCUUUUCGAUGUGUGGCAUCAAUGCAUCUUGUGCCAUCUUGCUCUCUGGAAAGGAGGAGUUCAUCACCGAGAUGUCAGCCCUCCUAACAUGAUGUUUUACGAGACCGAUAAAGGCAUCCUUAUGGGUGUCUUAAACAACUUUGAUCUAUCAUUGUUGGCGACCACAAAGGGGCCUCUAGGCAAUGAGCGCACAGGCACAGUGCCAUUCAUGGCGCUCAAUCUUCUCACCGAAGAAGGUCUACGAGGCGAAGUCGAGCACUUGUAUCAUCACGAUCUUGAGUCCUUCAUGUGGGUUCUCGUCUGGGUCUGCUUGCAUUACAGGAAGGGAGUCCUCUUACCCCCCAAAACUCGCCCUUUGGAUGCAUGGGCAACUACAGAGGCUAAGGCAUGUGGCAAGAAGAAGUACUAUUUUAUAGGUCGUAUUUCGCGUUACCGAACCGUGGACAUUGACUCGCGUAUGUGGGAUUUGGUGUUGGACUGUCUCAAUAUUCUUGACAUGGACACCUACAAUCGACAACAACAAUUGAGAUUAGGGGUAGACAAUGCCCAGGAAUCAGAAGCAGAUAUGGAUGAGUUUCUACACAGAUUUACAUCUACCAAAAGCUGGAUUAGCCUCACCGAGGAUUUACCACGGACACAAUUCCAUCUUCUAUUCUUUUUCGUAAACCACCCCGACUCAUUAGUCCUAAGACCUGGAUCUGUUUUCAUUGCAACCCAGCACGUGACCUACAACGCAUGCAAUUUCCUUUUUGAUAUGGCUCACACCAGGCGGACCAAAAUAAAGUCUACCGGAGGGCCUGCGAAACAUGGUGUACUACCUGGUUCCCUCAGGCAUGUCCCUGUUCACAAUGGCAAAGUGCUCAUCGAAAGUGUAUAUCCCAACAUGUUACCGAGUGGGUUGUCAAAGACAAUAACGAGUGGGAUUAAAGGCCCACUGAAGCCUCAACAUUGGAACAUCUGGUGCUUGUUGUGCCGCGAUGGCGCUCCACAGAUGUAUGAGUGCUCAUUUUGCCCACGCACCAUAUGCGAACGCUGUCUUGCCAUCCCGGAAGAGUCAUGGGAGUAUAUCAACAGCGACGAUAUUUUUUUCAGAUGCCCAGGUUGCCACGAAGUUCGCAAUAAAUGGGAUAGGAAGGGCAUCAUUACACUGUACUCUGGUUUUGAGGACGCUGAAGGGAAGCCCGCGCUGGCGAGGCCUGUCACUAUCCAUGGCCACAUUGAGCUGACCAGUCGGUCAGAGGUAUGCACCAUGCCGGUUCUGGUUCUCAUUCUCAACUUUGUCCUCGAUGGUGUUGAUGUCCUUGGGUCACCUGCACACAUCAUGCGAGAUGCACUGCAUCCAUACGUUGCUGCAGAUUACCAUGAAAUCAUCUUCGACGUCAGAACAGUUUCCAAGGCCAAGAACCACGCUAAGUUAAUGACGAAGCUCGCAAAUGAACUAGGAUCAUGUUGUUAUGAUCGUGUCAAGGUCUUUGUCCACUCUCACUCAGAGACCACACGAGGUGACCUUUGGGGAGGGUUCAAGAACAGCAAGAACAAAGGUGAGCGAGGGGAACCUGUCGCCUAUGCAAUCAACGACUUUUUUGCGCUAGUCUUCGUCAACGGCAUGGAAAACUUUCUGCAGGGAAGCACGCUGUGGAUGUUGGUGUGCAGCCAUAUGGUACGCAAAGUUGACGCCUUUGACAAUUUCAAAGCUUGUACCAAAAGUUAUGAAGUCCAACACGCUUUUGCAUUCGGUGCUGAGCACUUUCAUGCAUGCCUUAUCACGGCGUUCAACAUCGCUUAUGUCAGUCGUGUUCUCGUUGAAGGCUUCGAGGUACAGGACACCAUGCAGGAUCUUCUGGUAGCGUCCUUUCAACUCGGCAUGCACAGUUCCGUAAUACAUGUCCAUAUCACAAAUGCUUUCCGUCGUCGCCCACCUACUGUCUCCGAAUACAACAAAGGGGCCCUGUAUGUCGACGAAAAGGCCUCCAUGAUCACAUCGAUGUACACAUACUUCAACGAGAACCAGCGUCCUUGGGGAAACCCUCUACCAUAUCAAUGUUCGGACUGCAACUGUGUUCGUCCUUGGAACCGCAGCACUCGCUCUAUGUCCGAUGAUGUCAAGUUCUCUUGCAAGAACUGCAGUUUCAUCCUUACCUAUACGAAACCCGACCAGACAAAAAUCAUCCUAUUCACCGAUGGUUAUCAGGGAACUAGCAAUGCCAGUGGGAAGCUAACGAAAAAAGGCUGCGGCACCGGUUGUGGGUGGCUGGUGCUUGUAGCAAACGAGCCUGGUGUGCCAGCUGUUGCUCAAUCAAGAACCCAUGCCGCUGCGGACCAUUGA